AAUACACACAUGCUUUUGCAGUUUCUAAUAUCGCUGGACACAACGCGUCUGAAUUCCAAGGAGUGCGGAUUAUCCCGUGUUGAGCGCUAAUUAAGCCACUUCAGAUUGAAUCCGUGAAAAAGUACGCCACAAUUUGCCCUGCGAGGUCGAACUCAUUUAACUCCCUCACAAUCAACGUUCAAUCGAACGGAAAUGACAGCAGCUGCCUGUGCCCGUGAACUCUCGCAUCCUGGCUUCCGCCUCCGUCUAUGCUAGACAUUUUGAUUCCCUCCGCGGCAAUUGAGGAGUUGUCAGAGGGUGAUUGUAGUUGGUAAAAUAACCAUACAAAGUUUAAACUACACUGCGAAUUUGCAAAUUGAAAGAAAAUACCACUGUCUGGUAUAAUACCAAAUCAAUAAAUACAUACUAUAACUGUGUGCAAAUAAACGCGCGAAAACUAUAACAUUAACUCAAAACUUUAUAAGCGCAGCUCGUUAAGCAAGGGCACGAAUUGUAUAAAAAAGAGUAAAUUGUAAAUAACUAAAUGGUGAAAGAAAACAGUGAAAUCGAGGUACCAAUCGGCGGAAAAUUGUGAAAACAAGACAGAAAAAAUACCAACCCCGGGCUGCGGAGUGUGUUAAAAUGCCAGAAACUUUUGUGCGCCUCAACGUCCAAAAAUUGUAGGAGUUACGAAAACGAGACGCGAACGGAAAAAACUAUCUUUUACUUCACCUCUAUCCUGUUUUCCGGCUGAAAACGAAACGUAGAAAGUGGAUUUAAACGAAAGAAUACCACCAUGUUGCCCUUGUCCUUGGCCAGUGAAGAGGCCAAGCAGAUGCAGCAGCAGGCCAAGCGCGAGCUGGCAAUCACCAUGUCGUCAGUGUCGUCCUCCGGCGGCGCUGGUGGCCAAAGUGCCGCAGGAAACAGUGUCCUGGCAGUUGGGCCCAGAAAAGAAGAGGUCCGUUUUGUUCCCCUCUCUUCAAUGGCGGGCAGCAAAUCCUGCAACAUCAGCUUCAGCAAUAUUCACUCAACCACCAGUACUGGUGGUGUCCCCCAUCAGAUCCAAACCGCCUUAAAGUCCAAACUGACUGCGGUGAACAUAGUGCCGAAAACAUUAAAGACUGGAACCGUGACAGGCGGAACAGCCACUGGCUCUGCUCCACUUUUCCAGCUAGUGCCAUCGCUCAACAAUCCCAGCCAGCCGCUGGUGGCCAUUUUGGCUCCCCCCAGGAAAACCAUAGGAGGAGCAGGGACCGGAGGAGGAGUCCAAAGCAAUGCCCAGCCAGUGGUUAUCCGUUCGGGUCCCGCACUCAACAAGGCCCAACUCACCAUUCAAAAUGGUAUAGCCACCAUGACGACAGCUCCGGCUCCAACUCCAGCAGUAUCAGCAGCACCAGGAACCAACGGAGCAGCACCCAGUAGAUCACUGCUUACUAAAUCAGAUUCGGCCCCUGUAGCUGCCGUCCAGAUACCUGCGGCCGGAGGAUCCGGCCAAAUCUCUUUGUUGGCCAAUCCCCUCAAGCCACGUGCACCACUCAUACUCAGUAAGGUGGCAGUGGAUAAAUUGCAGCUGAAAUUUAAUCAGUUUAAGGCCAAUCCCAAAUCUAUUGUCCUGGGAAAGUCCAACCAGGUGAAGAGGGUAAUGUCUAUGCCUGCUCGCACUAACAUCAGCAGCAUCCGCAGCAGCAGUGCCAAUGAAAAGGAUAGUAACAAGUCGGUUAUUCCUAUAAAGUCCGUUCCUCUGGUAGUGGAGGAGGUGCCCAAAGCCAUGCCCACCAACAAUAACAACAACAACAAUAACUACUCCAGCAAUACCAAGAGCCUGAUUAAGCCGAAAGCAUCUUCCAUAAAGGCGGUGCCCCUGCCUGUUAGUCAGGAUAUAAUCACUGUGCCGGCUUUUGAGUCGAUGGAGGAGAAGAUUGCCAUAUCCCAUCUUAAGGACACUCAGAAAGCGCUUUCAAGUCUGGAAAUAAUGCUGAAUGGGCCAGUAAAGACGGCACAGUCAGAACCCAGGGAUGCUCCGCUGCAGCAGCAGCAGCCGGCCCAGGAGCCAAAGACCCCUCCCAAAAUAAAUGAGCCAGAGGCCAAAACAUCUCCCGAGCAGCAAAAACCAGCGGAGGAUAUUCUGGAAGAAGAGAAAGCCGACACCAAGGAAACUGUCAAGGAACCUCCUAAGCUUCAACAACCUGAACCCCUAGGAGAUCCCAAGCCGCAGCAACCGGAGGCCAGGGAACCUUUACAAUCGCAGCAGUUGGAAGCCAAGGACAUGCCCAAGUCUCCAAAGCUGCAACGUUCCAAGUCUUUUGUGGCCGUUACUGAGCAGACUCCAACAGUGUCGAGCAGUAGCGAGCGACGCCACUCGGUGGCCAUUAUGGCCAAAGAGGUGGAUGUUAUCGAAGAGCCCAGUGCCCCAAUCGAGACCAUUACGAUUGAGGAUGACGAUGAAGACAGCGAGGAGGAGCUCAUUCAGAAGGAGAUCAUUCUGCCCAUUCUGCCAGCUGGGAUAACGAUCUCCACGACCACAAAAUCAGGCGCUAGAUCCCAGCUAGUGCGGAAAAACUCUAGCGUCACGACUCUCACCUCCUCCAGAAAGACCUCCAUUUCCGUCAGCAGUACGUCCAACAGCGAUGUGGAGGAGAUCAGUACGCCCGCGAAGAACAUUGAGGAAGAAAUAAGCCUUCUGCCCGGGAUAAGCAUCAUCAAAGCGGAAAGCCUGCCGCUUUCCAAAGAGGACUUUGAGCGCUCGCUCCGCUGUGACGAACAGGUGCCUAACACACCGCCCUCUUCUGGAGCUUCAUCCGUUGCCUCGGACACAGCAUCGCCAAGUAAACCUCCAGCUGAACUGUCGGUAUCUUCAUCCCAUAGGCAGCAGAAGGCACCCGGCUCGCGGGCCAAUGUUCUCAGGAAGAGUAUGGUUCAGAAUCUGCCCAUGUUGAGGUGGCGUGGCCAGCAGCCGGCCAAACUGCAGAACUCCUCUAUGUGCUUCGAGCUAAAUCGUUUCAACCUGCUCCAGUUGAACGAGCGCUGCGAGCAGCGCCUAGGACCCGCCAGCUACUUCGAGCGGGCCCUGCUCGAUCGACCCGACCGAAGGCCCUCGGGCAGCAUUCACCCACUUUUAUACCUUUGCCAGCGGUGCAAUUGCCACGGUCCCGCCUCUGAUUUCCUAGCCCCACACUAUUGCUCCUUGUGCUGUGUGCGCCGAGCGCAAAAGCGGCGCCAGCCGGCCAGCAAUUCUCAGCCGGAGGCCAAGGUGAGCCGAGCAUCAAUGGAGCCAGCCCCAGCACAGAAAUCCCAGGUAAACAAUAGGCAUCACCAAUCGAAAUCCCUGGCCGACAUUCAGAUGCACCGUCCAAAGGAUAGUGAUAAAAUGCGUAAGCCGUUUCGCUGGAGCGAAUACCUGAAGGCAAAAGGAAGAGAUGUAGCGGCGCCCAUCCACCUGUUCCUCAACCCAUUUCCGAUAAGCCCCAACUGUUUUGAGCGCGGAAUGAAGCUGGAAGCCAUCGAUCCGGAGAACUGCUCCUUGUUUUGUGUGUGCAGCAUAGCCGAGGUACGUGGCUAUCGGCUUAAGCUUACCUUUGACGGCUAUUCGUCAAUGUACGACUUUUGGGUGAAUGCCGACUCGCAGGACAUCUUCCCACCCGGUUGGUGCGAGGAAACGGGUCGCGUGCUGCAAGCGCCUAGGGAUUACUGCCCGGAGCGCUUCAGCUGGAGUCGUUACCUGGUUAAGACCAACGCAAAGGCAGCUCCGCGGGCACUGUUCGCUCACUUAAAAAUGCCGCAACAGACAGGGGUUUGCAACGGAUUCGCCGUGGGAAUGCACUUGGAAGCAGAGGAUCUGAACGACACCGGCAAAAUCUGCGUGGCCACCGUGGCGGAUAUACUGGACGAGCGUGUGCGCGUCCAUUUCGAUGGCUGGGAUGACUGCUAUGAUCUGUGGGUGCACGUCAGUUCGCCCUACAUUCACCCCUGCGGCUGGCACGAGAAUCGUCAGCAACUCAUAGUACCGCCGGAUUUUAAGACGACCGUAUUCAGUUGGCCUGACUAUAUAGCCGAUGUCGGUGGGGUGGCUGCGAAGCACCUGUUCCAACCCCGCCAGCCGAUGGAAUACCAGUCGCGCAUGAAGUUGGAGGUAGUUGACCAGCGCAACCCCUGCCUGAUUCGCCCGGCCACAAUAGUAACCCGCAAGGGCUACCGCGUUCAAAUCCACUUGGAUUGCUGGCCGUCAGAGUACUACUUCUGGCUGGAGGACGACAGUCCAGACCUGCAUCCCAUUGGGUGGUGCGAAGCCACCUCGCAUGAUCUUGAAACCCCGCCGGGGUAUCUGCAAGCCACGCCCCUAAUGCCCUGCGACGUAGAGGGCUGUCGAGGAUUUGGGAACGCCAAGCGCUUUAAUCUCAGUGUGCACGCUUUGCGGGAUUGCUGCCCGUACGCGCCGGAGAACUGGCGCCAGUGGCGUUCAAAGACGGUGAAGCCAGCGCGAGUGUCGCCCGAUAAGAUAAGGCGCGGAGUUCCGACGAAGAAAUCAAGGAAGACAGCUACUACAGAAGUCCAGCAACUGGAUAUUAAAGAGGAAAUUUCCCCUAAGAUGCCAAAUAAAAGGGCCACACCACCGCCUUGCGCGGAUGAAAAGAAGAAGAAGAAAAAGAAACAAAAGACGAAUGUGGCUAUAGAGGUGCAUAAGGAGGAGCAGAACCCAGAUCCCAGAACUCUGGAUAUAGCCAAGAGCUUCUUGAAAGACUAUGGCCCGCAGUUCCUGCAGAACUACAGACUUUGGAGGCAGAACAGCACUUUAAAUCACGAUCAGAUUCGUAGCAAUCCGUUGCACUGGACAACCUGGGAUGUUUACGAGUUCAUGGAGCGCGCCAUGGACUCUACGGAGAUAGCCCGUGUGAUAUUUGAACAAGAGAUCGAUGGCAGGGCUCUCCUGAUGCUGGGGCGCCUGGAGUUGGACAAGUACCUGAACCUUAAGGUGGGCCCUGCGGCGAAACUAUAUUCGCUGAUCAUGAAUCUGCGCAUUGCCGUCGUUUGUAAAUUCGGAACGAAUAGCACCGGACUUGGAAUUAAUUUCUCCAAUCUGCUAAAUCUGAAAGAGGAUGAGGUGAAGGAUACACCAUCGUCUUCCAAGGUGCAGGGCAGGAGCAACGGGUGGAGCAAGAUGGAGCACAAUCAGGAGCUUUUCGAGAGCGAAGACGACGAUGAUGAUAAUGAUGAAGUGGUGCUGGACAGCGAGGACUUUCUCAGCGUCAAGCACAGUAACCGCCUGGUAAUUGACGAGGACGCCGAUGUGGUGAUGAUGCAGCAGCUGGAUGUUUGCAGGCCCAUAACUACGGCUUCCUAGAGGACUCCAUGCCGAGGCCCUGCUUCCGUUGAUUGAUUUGUAAGAUUCGUUCGGGUAUUAAUAAUCUACUUUUAGUAUUUAUUAUGUAAGCCGAUCCUGAAAGCGAUUUUGUUUGUUGCGCCCACACUAUCCAAUAAAGGAUUCCCAAAUACUGUA